UUAUUUUUAUUUGGAAAUCAUUUUGCUUAGAAAGAUGCAUAAUAUGAUAGCUGCGUUAUUUUUGUUCUCACUGUGUUAUGUACAUAACAUUCAGGCUAAGGUGACAAUUCACAGAUUCGAAGAUUGUGAAAAAGGCAAAGAUUAUUCCUUGUCAGUGGACAUGAAGAUCAAGCAUGAUGGUGAUAAAAAUAUAGUAGAAGAAGGAACAAUAACCAAUAAAAUAGACUUCACUAAAGAUAUCAAGGCGGUUCUCGAAGUUUUCUCUGAGGAAGGAGGUCAAUGGAAACAACUGGCUAAGAAAGAAGACGAUCUGUGUAAUAUAAGAGAAACUUUCAUUGGAGAAUUUGCAGAAGAAGUGGAAAAAGCUGCUGGAAUCACAGACACGUGCUUAAUAAAGAAGGGUGAAUACAAGUUAUCGAACUUCGUAGCAGAUUUUACCAAAGUCAAAUAUACUGAUUUCCCCGAAGGCAAAGUAAAAGUCCGUACUGAGAUGCACAAGGAUGCAGACAUAGUGGGAUGCUUAGAAGUUGAAUUUACACUUCAAAAAUAAUGUUAGGAAUAAUAAUACAGUAAAUAAAGAUGCUAAUCUGAGAACAA